AGGGUAGUCAUCAUCAUCUUCCUCAUUUACAAUACAUGGGCCUGGUCUCCAAAAAGUCAUCAUCCCCCACAUCCUCUUCCUCUUCACUAUCCAAUACACAUAUACAUACACAGAUACACACAGACUCCCCACUCUCUGAAAACCAUUUUGUGGAUCUCAAUCACAUAAAUAACAAAUCAUACCCUGUUUGCCCACAUGCAUAAUCGAAUCUGGAACUUUCACAAUCGAAUACAUCGCAUAUUCAUCUCCAAUUAAACACAAACACACAGAUCUCAAUCAAUCACUCUCUCACUUAUAAUCGAUGGCUUCUCCAGGAAACCCUAACCAACAGCCAAACAUCCCUCCACCUCAAUUAGAUAUGCACAAAUUCUUUAACCCUAAUUUACAAAACCCUAAUUUAACUUCUCCGCCUUUUCCACUCCCAAACUCCUCUUAUCCUCCACCUUCUUCAGCCUCUUAUCCUCCACCCGCGGGGCCCUAUCCUUAUCCGCCGCCCCAAACGUCGCCGUUUCAUCACCCUCAGCAACAGCAGUUCCACAUCCCUCCUGCUAACUUGCACCACCAGAGAUCCAUACCGUUUCCGACGCCGCCGCUUCAGCCUCCGCCUAAUAACAACCCGAAUCACGGCGCUAGGCUCAUGGCGUUACUCAGCGGACCGCAAUCGGAGAUUCAGCAGCAGAGUUACAUGCCUGUGAUGGCGCCGCUUCAGCCUACGUCGUCGGGUGGUUCGGAUAUUUCUAUGGCGCAGAAUUUGCCUGGUUUACAGUCGGGGCAGAUGGUGAGUAAUGUUAGUAACACGGCUGCUGCGAUGGUGCAGUCAAGUCCGAUGAGAAUGCAGAGUAGUAAGUUGCCCAAAGGGAGGCAUUUGAUUGGUGAUCACGCUGUUUAUGAUAUUGAUGUUAGGUUGAUGGGGGAGGUGCAGCCUCAGCUCGAGGUUACUCCCAUUACCAAGUAUGGUUCGGAUCCUGGACUUGUUGUGGGUAGGCAGAUUGCUGUUAAUAAGAGUUAUAUUUGCUACGGGUUGAAAUUGGGGGCUAUUCGUGUGCUUAAUAUAAAUACUGCAUUGAGAUCGUUGCUUAAAGGACUUGCGCAGAGGGUCACAGACAUGGCUUUCUUUGCCGAAGAUGUUCACCUGCUGGCUAGUGCAAGUGUAGAUGGACGUGUAUAUAUAUGGAAGAUAACAGAAGGGCCAGGUGAGGAAGAGAAAUCACAAAUUACAGGAAAGAUAGUUAUGGCUAUUCAGAUUGUUGGAGAAGGAGAUUCUGUUCAUCCCCGGGUUUGUUGGCACUGCCACAAACAGGAAGUUCUUGUAGUUGGUAUUGGGAGAACUGUUCUGCGAAUUGAUACCACAAAGGUUGGAAAAGGUGAAGUUCUUUCAGCAGAAGAACCUUUAAAAUGCCCUGUUGACAAAUUGAUAGACGGGGUCCAAUUUGUUGGUAAUCAUGAUGGAGAAGUGACUGAUCUGUCAAUGUGCCAGUGGAUGACUACACGAUUGGUUUCAGCUUCUGUGGAUGGCACGAUAAAAGUUUGGGAAGACCGAAAGUCACACCCCAUCGCUGUACUGAGACCGCAUGAUGGUCUGCCUGUUAAUUCAGCUACAUUUUUGACUUCCCCUCAUCGCCCAGAUCACAUUAUACUCAUUACUGGGGGCCCUUUGAAUCGCGAAGUGAAAAUAUGGACCUCUACAAGUGAAGAAGGAUGGCUGCUUCCUAGUGAUGCUGAUUCAUGGCAGUGCACCCAGACUUUGGAGUUGCGGAGCUCUGCUGCACCCAGGGUCGAAGAUGUGUUUUUUAAUCAAGUAGUGGCUUUGUCGCAAGCAGGUCUUCUGUUAUUGGCAAAUGCCAAGAAAAAUGCUAUCUAUGCAGUACACCUGGAAUAUGGUCCUCAUCCAGCAGCAACCCGCAUGGAUUAUAUUGCAGAGUUUACUGUGACAAUGCCAAUUUUGAGCUUUACUGGGACGAGUGAUCUGUUGCCUCAUGGUGACCAAAUUGUGCAGGUUUAUUGUGUCCAGACACAAGCCAUCCAACAAUAUGCGCUGGACCUGUCUCAGUGCUUGCCACCCCCACUAGAGAAUAUGCUGGAUAGGUCAGAUUCUAGUGUUUCACGUGAUGUAACUAGUACUGUGGGAUUGACGAAUUUUGAGCCUAGUGGAAGUAAGCCUACAGAAACUUUUUUUGCUAGUCCACAAGCCAGACAGGCGGUACAUGAAAUUAGCUCCGAGACUGUGGCACCUGCAAUAAGAAAUCCCUUGACCUCCCCUUCUACACAGGUAACCACUUCACAGGAAGCUGCUAUGUUAGGUGCAGAGUCUGGACCUCUCCCUUUGCCGGGAGUGAAUGGUGAUAGUGAUAUUGCCUCUGUUUCAUCACCACCAAUUCCUCUUAGUCCUAGGUUGUCGCGUAAGCUCUCUGGGUUCAGAAGUCCAUCAAGCAACUUUGAGCCAGGUUCUCAGCUCAAUGACUUCAGCGUAGAUCAGAAUAUUAGUGAAUACUCCGUUGACAGACAAAUGGAUACUGUUCAUAGAAACUUUUCUGAUUCCACCGUGGAUGAUCCCAAAAGGGAGGGGAAGAAAGUUCCACAAGAGGAUAAUUCGGCUGUUCUCAAUCAUCCUAUCAAGUUCAAGCACCCUACUCAUCUAGUAACCCCGUCUGAGAUAUUAAGGGCAACCUCAUCUUCAGAAACAAAUUAUACAGAGCCCAAGGGUGAGGGAGAACCAAAUAUUCAGGAUGCCGUUGUCAAUAAUGAUGCACAUAAUGUCGAAGUUGAAGUUAAGGUUGUUGGUGAGACACAUAUUAGUCAAAAUGAAGAACUUGCCUCUCCAGAAGAGCUCCAUGGAUUUGCCUCAGAUAGGAGGGAGAAAUCAUUUUAUUCUCAAGCUGCUGAUCUUGGUAUUGAGAUGGCAAGAGAGUCACACGCUCUGCCACUUGAGGCCUAUAUUAUGGAAGAAUCUAGACAAGUUGAUGGGGCUAGAGAAACGGAUGCAGUUGAUCAACCUUCAAGCAACCAGGAAGAAGUUCAAGACUCUUUAAAAGAUAUCUCUGGAAAGUUUGGCGAUUCAUCUGUGCCUGCAUCUGCUCCUUCACAGACAACAAAAGGAAAAAAGCAGAAAACAAAAAAUGCUCAAGGAUCGAUCUCGAAUUCUCCGCCUUCAAGUGCUUCUAAUUCAACAGAUAUAUAUCAUGAAGCAGCUGUCAGCUCGAGUUUGCCUUCUGUAGACGCUGCAUUUUCUCAACUUCAGAACAUGCAGGAGUCGAUAAAUCAGCUUCUAAAUAUGCAAAAAGAACUACAAAAGCAAAUAUCAGUGAUGGUUGCUGUACCAGUUAACAAAGAAGGCAAGAGAGUAGAAGCUUCCCUCGGGAAGAAUAUGGAGAAAUCUGUAAAGGCUAAUUCAGAUGCUCUGUGGGCCCGCUUUCAGGAAGAAAAUGCAAAACAGGAGAAGUUAUUGCGAGAACGGACACAGCAAAUAUUGAAUUUGGUAACAAACUCUUUGACGAAGGAAUUACCAGUGGUGUUGGAGAAAAUGGUGAAGAAGGAAAUAGCUGCAGUUGGGCCAGCUGUAUCCCGCACGUUGACUACCGCUAUAGAGAAAACUGUAUCGACGGCCAUCACCGAGGCUUUCCAGAGAGGAGUAGGCGACAAAGCAGUGAACCAACUGGAGAAGUCUGUCAACUCUAGACUUGAAGCUACUGUUGCUAGACACAUCCAAGCACAAUUUCAGACUUCUGGCAAACAAAUUCUUCAGGAAGCAUUGAAAUCUAGCUUAGAAACUUCUGUGGUCCCUUCAUUUGAGGUGUCGUGCAAGGCCAUGUUUGAACAAGUUGAUACUACAUUUCAAAGGGGGAUGGCUGAGCAUACAAGUGCAGCUCAACACCAGUUUGAAUCCACACAUUCACCCUUGGCUCUUGCUUUAAGGGAGAUUAUCAACUCAGCAUCGUCUGUGACCCAAACUCUUAGUACUGAACUGGUUGACGGUCAGAGAAAGUUGCUUGCUCUUGCCGUUGCAGGAGCUAGUUCCAAUUCUGCAAAUCCGUUGAUUAGACAGCAGAGUAAUGGAGCUAUUGGCGGUCUUCGGGGCGAGAUUGAAGGGUCACUGGAUCCUACAAGAGAACUAUUGAGAUUGGUUUCUGAACAGAAGUAUGAAGAUGCUUUCACUAUCGCUCUGCAAAGAAGUGAUGUUUCCAUUGUAUCAUGGCUAUGCUCUCAGGUUGAUUUAAGUAACAUUUUGUCAAUGAAGACCCUUCCUUUGAGCCAAGGAGUAUUACUCUCACUUCUGCAGCAGUUGGCUUGUGAUAUCAGCAAGGAUACAUCUCGAAAACUUGUUUGGAUGAAAGAUGUAGCAAUGGUGAUAAAUCCAGGUGAUGUAAUGAUUGCACAACAUGUAAAGCCAAUAUUUGAGCAAGUUUAUCAGAUCCUUAGCCAUCAAAUGAAUCUUCCCACCACACCUCCCAACGAGCUUUCAAGUAUGCGGCUCGUGAUGCAUAUCAUCAAUUCAUUGCUUGUGACAUGUGGUAAAUGAUCUUGACGGUUACUAUUCUUUAUAUUUUGUUAUAAUAAGAGUACAAAACUUUUGGUGAAAUAGGAACCAUUGUAAGAAGUUGUAGGGAUUAUACUUUUUGAGCAAGUUUUUCUUGGAAUCUGUUUGUGGUUAAGAAAGCUGGAGACAGGCGGAAGGAUAUGUUGUCAAAUAUGUGAAGUAGUUCUUCCGAGUGUUCAAGGUUUUUUCAUCUUUAUUAUAAGAUGUGUUGAUAGAAUACUUUUUUCCUUAUGUUCUUUGACAUUCUAAAUUAAUUUGACAUUUCCGAGGUUUAAUUAA